AUGUUUGUGACGGUGAUACUGGGAGAGGGACGAGCUGAGCUAUUCAACCUGAACUGCAGGAUUGUAAAUUUCAUCCACUGUCUGAGAGAAAAGUGUCACCUGGAUCCUCAAGAACACGUGGAGCUGAUGGAUCAGAACGGUGAACUGGUGAACUUGAUGAAGAGAGAGUGCAGUGUUGAUCCAGUCAGUACUUUACUGAAGGACAGGCACAGCUACAUUGUGGUCUGCGUAUCACGUGCUGAAGGCAGUGAGGAGCUCCAGUACUCUGCAGUGCAUGAUGGGAAUCUGGGCAAGACUCAUCCAGAGUUGGAAGCAAUCCUGAAACAGCUGUCAAACCCCAUUAAGAAGGGCAAACGAAGUAAACGAAAAGUUUGA